AUAGGACAAAAAAACAGCGUGCAGGACUGGAAGAAAAGUAGGGAAGAAGCGCAUAUGCAGAGGAUAAAUAUUCAAAAUUGAAACCCUUCGCUCAAUUCACGCUGCUUCCGAUCGAAGCACUUUAUCUCUCUAAACCUCUAUCUGCGUCUCCGCUGUUCCCUUCCAUUCUUAGCCGUUGAAGAUGCAUGCCAAUCACCUCCUUCUCGAGGAGCCCAUCCGUAUGGCUUCCAUCCUCGAGCCAUCGAAGGCCAGUUUCUUUCCCGCAAUGACAAAGAUCGUGGGUACCCUUGGGCCCAAGUCUCGAUCCGUGGAGGUUAUCUCCGGUUGCCUCAAAGUUGGGAUGUCUGUUGCUCGCUUUGAUUUUUCAUGGGGAGACCCCGAUUAUCACCAAGAGACUUUAGAGAAUUUGAAGGCGGCUGUGAAGAGUACUAAGAAGCUGUGUGCUGUUAUGCUAGACACGGUAGGAGCUGAAUUGCAGGUUGUUAAUAAAUGUGAGAAGUCUAUUUCACUUCUGGCUGAUGGUUUUGUUGUUCUGACACCCUAUCAAGAUCAAGAAGCCUCCUCGGAGCUAUUGCCAAUCAAUUUUAAUGGCUUGGCGAAGGCAGUAAAGAAGGGAGACACCAUUUUUGUUGGUCAAUACCUAUUUACAGGAAGUGAAACUACUUCUGUUUGGUUGGAGGUAUCUGAAGUGAAAGGAGAUGAUGUAGUUUGUAUGAUUAAAAAUUCUGCAACUUUGGCUGGGUCGUUGUUCACUUUGCAUGUUUCUCAAAUUCAUAUUGAUCUGCCUACUCUAUCUGAUAAAGAUAAGGAGGUUAUAAGUACAUGGGGUGUUAAAAACAAAAUUGACUUCCUUUCACUGUCAUAUACCAGGCAUGCAGAGGAUGUUCGCCAUGCCCGUGACCAUCUAUCUAAGUUGGGUGACCUCCAUCAGACUCAAAUUUUUGCGAAGAUUGAAAAUGUGGAGGGUUUAAACCAUUUUGAUGAGAUCCUGCAAGAGGCUGAUGGUAUAAUCCUUUCACGUGGAAACUUGGGAAUAGAUCUUCCACCUGAGAAGGUUUUCUUAUUUCAAAAGGCUGCUGUUUACAAGUGUAAUAUGGCUGGGAAGCCUGCAGUUAUUACUCGUGUUGUGGACAGUAUGACUGACAACCUUAGACCCACUCGUGCUGAAGCCACUGAUGUUGCAAAUGCUGUGUUGGAUGGAAGUGAUGCCAUUCUUCUUGGGGCUGAGACUUUGCGAGGAUUGUAUCCUGUUGAGACUAUUUCCAUCGUUGGUAAAAUAUGUGCCGAGGCAGAGAAGGUUUUCAAUCAAGAUCUCUACUUCAAGAAAACUGUCAAAUAUGUUGGAGAGCCAAUGACCCACUUGGAAUCCAUUGCUUCCUCUGCGGUACGGGCAGCAAUUAAGGUCAAGGCAUCUGUUAUUAUUUGCUUCACUUCAUCUGGAAGGGCUGCAAGAUUGAUUGCUAAAUAUAGGCCAACAAUGCCAGUUCUUUCAGUUGUCAUCCCUCGACUCAAGACAAACCAACUAAAGUGGAGUUUCAGUGGUGCCUUUGAGGCAAGGCAAUCGCUCAUAGUCAGAGGACUUUUCCCCAUGCUUGCUGAUCCCAGGCAUCCUGCCGAGUCUACUAGUGCAACAAAUGAGUCAGUUCUGAAGGUUGCACUUGAUCAUGGGAAGGCCUCAGGAGUUAUAAAGUCACAUGACCGAGUUGUUGUUUGCCAGAAGGUCGGGGAUGCAUCUGUGGUGAAGAUUAUAGAGCUUGAAGAUUAGAAUUGCAUAGUAAAACAUUUUUGGUUUUUCUUUCUUUUUUGGCUCCAAAUUUUUUGGAAAUGGUGAUGAACUUUGUUAAUAUCACCCUAAGUUAUAAGAGAUUUUGGAGAUGAGCUUAUGAUUUUAUUUAGUAAGAAUAUAUGCUGGGGCAAUUUGUGUUGUUUAGCCAAAACUAAAGUCAUGGAAACUUGUACAUGACAUGUCUGGUCAAAGCAUUGAAGUCAUCUGCAGGUUCAUGCCCUUGAAAUGGGCUCUUCUUGGUAUUGAGCCAAUAAAACCUUACAACUUUUGUUGAAUCUUUGGACUUGCUCAUGAAAUGGGCUUCAUCCGUCAUGGUACUGUUUUCUGAGUUACUGGUUUCCAGUGCUUCAAAAUUGUAAUGCUCCUGUUUGGAAUUUUAUCUAGAAAUUACUUACA